AUGCCUCGCAAAUUCUUACUGUUACUCUCACUUUGGCUUUUGUUGCCAUGCUGUGAUGCUGGAAGACAGAUGCCUAAACUUUCUGCUAGAAAACUCUGCGCUGACUCGGAAUGUAGCUAUGCUAUCCUGAUAGCGCGCGCCGUGCAGGAUUAUUUCCCGGCCGACUGCAGGUUCAUCUCUAUCAGACAGGGGCAGCUUGUUUAUGUCUACGCCAUGCUACAGGACACGGGCAACCUCUUCUGGGCGGGCAGUGUUCAGGAUUCCUAUUACGGGGGACAGGAGGCUAGGAUUGGUCACUUUCCCAGCUCUGUAGUGGAAGAAGUUCAAGCUCUGGAACAGGCUAACACUGAAGUGAAGACGACUAAAUGGGACUUUUACUGUAACUGA